GUCGAUAUUCGACCUCCUGUAGAAGGUCUCACUAGCCACCAUACAUACGACCGGCCAGCCAGUACAACUUGCACCACGGAUCCAAUCCCCCUUCUACAAUACACUAAUUUAUAAUCAUCCAUCCCCUACAUAUAUAUAAAUUAUAUAAGGGGUAGGAGGAGGAGGGAUCACCAAAGCUAGCUAGCAAGCCCGCGCUAAUUAAAGAUCAGAGAAAGAUCGAGCGUUAUCAGAUGGUGAUCGAUCUACCCAUGGAUGGAAAUAUAUAUGGAGCUUAAUUACAUAGGUUGAAUGUUAUGAGUAGUAUUGCUUCUUGGCUUAGCUAGCUGCUAGGGAGGUAGCUACCUUGCUUGAUUAGUGAAGUUGACAUAGGGGUAGAGAGUGGUUUAUGGCAAUAUUUGGAGCAAUUAGGAUGAGGCAACAGCAGCAGCAGCAGGCACAGGAGGAUGAUCAUCAGGUAGUAGUCGUAGUAGGGGAUCAUGAUCAAGAAGAAGAGAUGAUGAAGUCAUCCCCCUGCAACAAUAUUAAUACCAGCAGUAAUAAGGAUGUGAAUAAUAUUAAUAUUGAAGAAGAAGAAGAAGAAGAAGAAGAGCAGAUGAGCAUGAUGAGCCAACAGCAGGACAUGGUGAUGCCGGGGUUUCGUUUCCACCCCACCGAAGAGGAACUAGUGGAGUUCUACCUCCGCCGUAAGGUUGAGGGCAAGGGCUUCCAAGUCGAACUCAUUACCUUUUUGGAUCUCUAUCGCUAUGACCCCUGGGAGCUCCCUGCUUUGGCAGCAAUAGGGGAGAAGGAAUGGUACUUCUAUGUCCCGAGAGACCGCAAGUAUCGAAACGGGGAUCGGCCAAACCGCGUGACGACUUCAGGGUAUUGGAAGGCGACUGGAGCUGACAGAAUGAUCCGAACGGAAACCUUCAGGUCAAUUGGGUUGAAGAAGACCCUGGUUUUCUACUCCGGCAAAGCUCCGAAAGGCAUCCGCACCAGCUGGAUCAUGAAUGAAUACCGGUUGCCUCAACACGAAACCCAGCGCCACCAAAAGGCAGAAAUUUCACUAUGCCGAGUGUACAAGAGAGCAGGAGUGGAAGAUCACCAUUCAGUACUCCCUCGUUCGCUUCCAUCAUCGUCUUCCUCCUCCUCCAGGCCCGCCUCCUCCUCCUCCUCUUCCCAUCACAAAAAACAAUAUCUGCAGUCUCACCACCACCCUAUUAACGUGGACAGCUUCCAAACCAACACUGGUACUUCUACUUUGGGAUCAGCUGGUGGAUCAGUACUAAUGCAAUCCCAUCAUCAUCAUCACCAGCACCAGCAAAUGUUGGAACAGAUGACCGAAACUGAUGAAGGAGAUGGAAGCAGCGGCACUGACGUCACCACCACCGCUCUCCGUCUUUCCAAGCACAAUAUUGUUGACAACUACAACACCGCAAUAGGCGGAGCAGCAGCACCAGCAGCAGUUCUAGACCCAAUUAAUGCCGAACUGUCAUCUCCGCCAGUUCCAUUAGAAGAAGAUAGCAGUAGGUUGGUCCUCAUGCAUCAGCAGGAACUACAGCAGCAGCAGCACUACUUUAACAAGCAAUUUCCUCCAAAUUUCUAUCUACUCCCCGCCGCCACCAACUCGACCCUUUUCAGUACGCCCAGCGGAACUGGCAGCGGUGGCCUAGGGGUUGGUUCUUCUUCAAGUAAUGCAGUAGGAGGAGGGAUUGAUGAUCUUCAGUACAGGCUACUAAACUACCAGCAGCGAGCUGGUGCUUUCAUGAAUCAGCAACAGCAUAUGAGUUAUCAGACUACUGGUGGUGGUGCCGCUGGUGGUGGUAGUGGUGGCGGUGGCGGUGGCGGUGGUACGAGUCAUAAUAGCUAUAAUCAUCCAGCAUCCUUCUCCCAGUUGAUGAUCUCUGCUGCCUCAUUCCCACCGCCGGCUGCGGCUGCGUUCUCCGACAGACUUUGGGAAUGGAACACAGUGGCGCCGCCAGUCGACCCGAACAGAGAUUAUACCAGCACUACUACUGCUCCCACCUUCCCUAAUUCUUCAAGUAAUCAAUGAAAUAAUUCAGUUGUAGCUAGCUGCAUGUACAUCAUGCAUGCCUUAUAUUUACUAAUUAAUUUAAUUAGUAAGCUGCCUUAGAUUAUGUCUCUCUAGCUAGCUAGCUACUUCUGAAUAUUUCUAGCUUAGCUGUUUCAUAGAUCAAGGAGAGACUGGCGGGUGCUAUCUGUUCAACCCAAAAAAUUUUCCGGCUUUGUCUUUAAUUGAUUUGGGGUAUGUACCAGACGAGCAUAAUUUAUAAUCAAUGUGCUAAUUUCAGAUUUCUUGUAA